CAUCACCUUCCUCCUGUUAUACAACAUAAAAGGAGCAAAGAUUGAAAUUGAUUGUCCCGUUGGUUGUGAAUGUGAUUUAGUGGAAAAUUUUAAAAGAGCAACAUGUGUCAACAGAAAUUUCGCCAGUUUACACAUCAACAUGAAUCCUAUCGUUGACAUACUAGAUGUUUCAUACAAUCAAAUUAGUACAUUGGAAGCGUCUGUUUUUCAAUUGUUACAUUUAACCAAUUUAAAAUCUUUCAACAUAUCCCACAAUAAAUUGGGCCAUGGCAUCAACUUGGACGCGUUUAAUGGGAUGACCAAAUUAAAAGAACUGGACAUGUCUUACUGUGCCAUAGGGAUUAUUUUGCCCAUGUGGUUUGAGUAUAUGCCUAAUCUGAAAUACCUUUAUUUGGAGGGGAAUCAGUUAGACGCAAUUGAUCCCGGUUUCGUCUCCAAAUCAUUACAACACUUGGAUUUGAGUAACUGCAAUAUAAAUAAAAUACAUCCCAACCUAUUUAGCCAACUGGACAAUCUCACUAGUUUAGACUUGUCAAAAAACGUUAUUAAUUAUUUUCCUUUAUCACUAAUCGAACCGAUUAAGAAUUUAAACGUUCUACAUUUAGAAAAUAAUCCGAUUGAAUGUGGUUCAGAGCAGCUUAAGUCCCUAACAGAAUACGCAAACGAACGUGAUAUAUCAUUUAUUGGUCCAGUUUGUGUUAAGAAAACAGGAAGGAAACAAAUGUUCGAGAGAAUAGUCGUCGACAAAAGCCUAGAAAAAAACAAAUGGAUAUUCGAGGAACCAGAGAAAAAUAACACCGUACAAAUUAUAGAAUGCAACAACAACACAAAAAACCCACAACAAGAAGACAUAGUAAUGGCAACAAUAGAACUGCAACCAAUUGCCAUCAUGGCAACAGUAUUUGCGUUUGGCAUUUUAGUGGGAGUCGUGUUUACGUGCAUUUGUAUGCCUUAUUGUUUCCCAGAUGGACCAAACUUGGAUAAACUGUACGAAAUGGACACGUUACCAAUGAGAACGCGAAGGAGUUUCCCGUCUAUCAGAAGAGGAUUCUCCAGAAGCUUGAGUGUCAUCAGACGACCAAGGGAUGAGGAAGACGAUAACUGGACCGAAGACCUUGUUCAAUCCGCUUGGGAUAUUGGUAAUUCAACUCCUUUGCAAACUAGGAAAAACGAAUAUCAGAGUUACGAAGCGUAGUAACAAUGUGAUCUCUAAAUUUAGUUAUAAGUGUGUUUUAAUUGAAGCAUUUGAUGACAAAUAACGUGAUAACUUAUUUGUGUGCGUUACUUAUGGUAACACCUGUUGGCUCUGUGAAACAUGUGAUUGAAGUAUGUGUUAGAUUACAGUUUUGGCUUUGUUGUUCUUCAUUGUAACAGCAGAUGAUCCUUCAUAAUCAGUAUAUUUAUAAUAAUAAAAAACAAUAAAUUUUAUUAACUUUA